CUGUAGGGAAGUGAGAGCAAGGCGAGAGAGGCGAGAGAGAGAGAGGUGAUGGUUUAACAACACUAACAGACGAAGUGAGUGUAUCUUGUAGAGGUGGAGAGAGGUGAUGGUUUAACAACACUAACAGACGAAGUGAGUUUAUCUUGUAGAGGUGGUGGUGGAGAGAGGUGAUGGUUUAACAACACUAACAGACGAAGUGAGUGUAUCUUGUAGAGGUGUUGGAGAUAGGUGAUGGUUUAACAACACUAACAGACGAAGUGAGUGUAUCUUGUAGAGGUGGUGGUGGAGAGAGGUGAUGGUUUAACAACACUAACAGACGAAGUGAGUGUAUCUUGUAGAGGUGGUGGUGGAGAGAGGUGAUGGUUUAACAACACUAACAGACGAAGUGAGUGUAUCUUGUAGAGGUGGUGGUGGAGAUAGGUGAUGGUUUAACAACACUAACAGACGAAGUGAGUGUAUCUUGUAGAGGUGGUGGUGGAGAGAGGUGAUGGUUUAACAACACUAACAGACGAAGUGAGUGUAUCUUGUAGAGGUGGUGGUGGAGAAAGGUGAUGGUUUAACAACACUAACAGACGAAGUGAGUGUAUCUUGUAGAGGUGGUGGUGGAGAGAGGUGAUGGUUUAACAACACUAACAGACGAAGUGAGUGUAUCUUGUAGAGGUGGUGAUGGUUUAACAACACUAACAGACGAAGUGAGUGUAUCUUGUAGAGGUGGUGGUGGAGAGAGGUGAUGGUUUAACAACACUAACAGACGAAGUGAGUGUAUCUUGUAGAGGUGGUGGUGGAGAGAGGUGAUGGUUUAACAACACUAACAGACGAAGUGAGUGUAUCUUGUAGAGGUGGUGGUGGAGAGAGGUGAUGGUUUAACAACACUAACAGACGAAGUGAGUGUAUCUUGUAGAGGUGGUGAUGGUUUAACAACACUAACAGACGAAGUGAGUGUAUCUUGUAGAGGUGGUGGUGGAGAGAGGUGAUGGUUUAACAACACUAACAGACGAAGUGAGUGUAUCUUGUAGAGGUGGUGGUGGAGAAAGGUGAUGGUUUAACAACACUAACAGACGAAGUGAGUGUAUCUUGUAGAGGUGGUGGUGGAGAGAGGUGAUGGUUUAACAACACUAACAGACGAAGUGAGUUUAUCUUGUAGAGGAGGUGGUGGAGAGAGGUGAUGGUUUAACAACACUAACAGACGAAGUGAGUGUAUCUUGUAGAGGUGGUGGUGGAGAGAGGUGAUGGUUUAACAACACUAACAGACGAAGUGAGUGUAUCUUGUAGAGGUGGUGGUGGAGAGAGGUGAUGGUUUAACAACACUAACAGACGAAGUGAGUGUAUCUUGUAGAGGUGGUGGUGGAGAGAGGUGAUGGUUUAACAACACUAACAGACGAAGUGAGUGUAUCUUGUAGAGGAGGUGGUGGAGAGAGGUGAUGGUUUAACAACACUAAGAGACGAAGUGAGUGUAUCUUGUAGAGGUGGAGAGAGGUGAUGGUUUAACAACACUAACAGACGAAGUGAGUGUAUCUUGUAGAGGUGGUGGUGGAGAGAGGUGAUGGUUUAACAACACGAACAGACGAAGUGAGUGUAUCUUGUAGAGGUGGUGGUGGUGGAGAGAGGUGAUGGUUUAACAACACUAACAGACGAAGUGAGUGUAUCUUGUAGAGGUGGUGGUGGUGAUUGUUGACCACCUUAGCGAUACAACUCCACAGCUGCACCACCACCAUCACACCGCUUGGCGUCGGUGUGUUGGUGUCGGUGUCUGUGUGUUGGUGUCGGAGUGUUGGUGUGUGUGGGGGGAGUUCGUCUCGAGGUUUUUGAAGUAAAAAGGAGGUUAAAGCCUCGCUCGACACGCCUGUGAAGACGACGAAAACGAGGGGAUGGAUUUCUCUGCGAAAAACAACCCUCAAAAUCUCAAUGCGAAGAAGACCUUUUGUGGCUUCACAUUGCUGCUGUGUAUGCUGCCGUUUGUCCAGCGAGCAUCUUCGAGUGAAGGUGCCCUGGCCCGCCCGCGUGACGUUGUGCUGACGUCGGUAAAUUUAAUAACAUCGGUGAGCUGGAAACCGGGCAAUGGGGCGCCAGCUGAUCAGCUCUACUCGGUGUAUUACAGAGGAAGUUACGAGAAAUAUUACAAUGAGUCGAUGCUCGUCAAGGAUGGCUGCAACAGGACCAGAAAGACGAGUUGCAACCUCACAGAUGUCCUCUCCCUGUGGGUGCACUACGACAUCGUAGUCUGCGCUUGGACCCCGCUCGACUUGGUGUGUGCCGACUCAGAAGAGAUCUCAGUUCUAACCGACACGCAGAUAGAAGCUCCUUACAUUGACCUCUACGUCUUCGGAAACAACAUCAAAAUGGAGAUGUCGCCCCCAAAGUUACAUGAAGAGGACAUUAAAUACUUGUACAGCUCUGUACUUUACAACGUUACGUUGUGUGUGGGCUUACACGAGCAUCAGCAGCAGUGCGAGUACUACCAGUCCGAGGUCGCCAGCCUGGACUUCAAAAAUAUCAAGUACAACACCGAGUACUGCUUUACGGGCCAAAUUAUAGUUGAAGUGGAUAACAGGGACAAGUUCAGUGCCGUGUCCCAGCAGGUGUGCCGCACAACCGAAAAGGAGAAAGCGUCCAAGUGGGUGGUUUUCACCACCUUCCUGAUCUCGGUGAUCGUUUCAUUUGCCGUCGUGUUCACGCUGUUGCUACUGGGACACAAAAUCUUCAAAAUGGCUCGCUACAUCUUUGCAGUAGAUAUGCCACUUCCUAAAACUCUCCUGGGCAUUCCUUCCAAACAGAAUGGAACGUUUCUACUCAUCUCUGAGAAAGAUGUGAUUAAAGAAGUGAACAUCUGCAGCACUGUUGAAGUCAUGUGUGACGACGUGGAAGACGAUUACAUUGUCAACGGGUUCGGCCUUCAAUCAUAGCUUCUAAAGUCGUUCCUGCUUUAUUUUUUAUUUAACAUUUUUUUGCCAUCACUGACACUUUUGAACUGACAGUACAAGUUUAGGGUUAUGUCUCCCACUCUUGUACAAAUGCUACAUUAUGAGUCUUCGUCACAAUGCCGAUUUUGUCUCCUUGUCUAUCAAUGAUGUCUCCACGUCUCAUUGCUCUUUUUAAAACUGGAUCAGCAGAAAUGUUGGGUAAUUUAACUCUCAUGGAUCAUUCAAAAUUAAUCAAACCGAAUAAGAAAGGCCCGUUGGCCCAAACGUCGUACAUAUUAUAAUAUUGGCCUGCUGAGGUUAAGACAUGUUGUAAACAUUGGAAACAACCAAUUUUUGCAUUACCUUUUUUAAAUUAUGUAUAUAUUACACGUACAUAUAUUUUGUUAAUGUUUCAUAAUUUCCUGGUUGUUGAUGUGCGGAGUUUCAAAGUACUUGUGUAAUUUUUACGAUGCGUGUACAGUAUUUGUGUUUACACUGGACAAAAUAGUACUUAAUGAUUAUAUGUUCUAAGAAAUGAAUACAGCAACAUUCCAAUUAUCCGAUUUGGUGCGGGGCGACCGUAUCACCGCGCAUCCUGUAAUCCACGGCACGCCACCACAAAGGUUAUUCUGGGAAUCUUAAAAAAAAAUAGGCGCCACUGCAGUGAGCCGUGGACUACAGGAGUAAUUAGCCACGUGACUCCGUUAAUCCAUCACCUGAUUAGUUACUCCAUGAAUCCACAUAUGAAUUUGCGGAUUUCGAGGUCAUACUUUUUUUUUCAAGACCCAAAUUGAGCCAAUUCUGACACAUCGCCCAAUGCUGAAGGAUGUUUUUGCAUUUUUGAGACUCGGUAUCCAAGUCUUUCUCUGUGCCAUGUCCUUUCUCUGAAAGAUGUCAGCGAUUAUGGCCUUCUGUCCAUUUAUCUAUGUCCAUGCAAUUAUUAUUCAAGCACUUUGCGUAAGAUACUACCGGUUUUAACCAUUUAUUAAAAUUGUUUUUGUAACUUAAUUCACCAUCUUCCCUACCUUGUCAAACAAUGGCAAAUUAUUUUCGCCUCUUGCUAUCUUCAGCUCCGCGAUUUUACCUGCAGCUAGGCUAUUCAAACCCUUCACAGUGCGAAUUUGGAUGGAUUGGAUGGAAGCCAACGACCCCUUGGCAAUGCGAAGCGCUUAACAAUGAUGUGUGGGGGGCGGGGGGGGUGAAUUGGCAGCCCUCAUCGGAAGAGAUCCAGAAACCCGCGAUUCACGGACGAUUUCUGGAUCAACGUGUCCCGCAGAUGUUGGGAGGAUUCGUGAGCUACGGUAAAUUUGCGAAAUGAUAGAACUUGGCGGUUUAUUGGAGCGUGUGUGUUUGAGAGUUGUGCUACAAUGCAAAACCGAGACAACAUGAAUUAGAAUCGGUGUCACGCAUUUAAUAUCAACACGUGGAGUGUAAAUUUUUGAUUUAAAGCUUUCGUGACUGCAGGGAUUCGUAUUCUUGGUUCUUUCGGUAAAGUCACCACGUAGAAG